CUUUAACUUUCUAGUAAGAGGACAUGCAUGUUACUCCUUCCUCUCUUCACCAGUGGUUUUGAAAAAUCAGCAGAAGUUCUUAAUAAACGAGCAGCAAAGAAAAUCCUAACAAAUGAUGGCUGCAACUUCAGCUGAUUUUCUGAACAUUCUUCCAUACAGGGAAGUCAUCUGGAGUAAUCAAACCAACCUAGCCAGAAACUUAUCAGAAAUCCAAAACAAUGCCAGUUGUGCCUUGAACGAAGACUCGUUGUCAUUUGCUUUAAUACUUUUUUACUCCAUUAUUUUUGUCAUUGGAUUGGUUGGAAAUAUUAUAGCGCUGUUUGCUUUCCUCUGCAUUCAUCAGAAAAGGAAUUCUAUCCAAGUUUACUUACUAAAUGUAGCUAUUGCAGACCUUCUGCUGAUCUUCUGUCUUCCCUUCCGAAUACUGUAUCAUAUUACCGGAAAUACCUGGAUGUUUGGAUCGAUUUUAUGCAAGAUUGUAGGAACUCUGUUUUAUAUGAACAUGUACAUCAGCAUAGUACUGUUGGGACUAAUAAGUCUAGAUCGUUAUGUAAAAAUAAAUAAGUCCAUGAAGCGUCCUAAAAUGUUAACUACUACACGAAGUAUAUAUAUUUGUUGCACAGUGUGGGCACUUGCACUGACAGGAUUUAUAAUAGUAGUUGCACCAUCUUUCUUUAAAAGUGAAAAAGGCAAUUCUACUAUGUGCUUUCAUUACAGAGAUAAACACAAGGCAAAGACAGAAGCUAUUUUAAAUUAUAUCAUUGUUAUCAUUUUUUGGAUAGUUUUUUUCCUUUUGAUACUUUCAUAUGUUAAAAUUGCCAAGAACCUUCUGAAAAUUUCUAAAAAAAGAGCUAACUUUCCUAAUGCAGGAAAAUACACCCAGACAGCAAGGAAUUCUUUCAUUGUACUCAUUAUUUUCACCAUAUGUUUUGUUCCUUAUCACGUGUUCCGAUUCAUCUACAUUACAUCACAAUUACAAAAACCAUCUUGUUACUGGAAGGAGAUCAUUCACAAGUGCAAUGAGGUUAUGCUUAUAUUUUCAUCUUUUAACAGCUGCUUAGACCCAGUUAUGUAUUUCCUAAUGUCCAGGAGUGUGCGUAAGACUGUAUUCCAACUUAUUUGUAGAAGACUCCAUGGGGAUGCAACUGUAACUUUAGAAAGUACUUCAGAAAUGCAACUUGGACAAUACACACAAGAGCGAUUAUCUACUAUCACUCCCUAUUCAAGUUCUUUAAAGAAGAAGUCUCUGAUCUGAUGAUUUAAAUUAACAGAUAAUGGCUUCUCUUAGUCAUUUUAGGACAUCAAUUUAAGAUGCACCAAUGCAAUACUACACAGCUACUAAUCCUGCCUCUGUCUUCCUGUUGAGAAAUGAGAAAUCUUCUGUUCAUGAAAAGGAGAAGUGACUUUCAAAGUAGUUUACUUUCUUCAUCCAAGAAAACAAAAUGCGAAGCCUCCUUAAACAUGUUCGAUUGGACUAAUCUAGAACACUAACCCUUUGGGGAGAUUUCCACAAAGUGGUUUCAACCUGUAUAUAUAAGGAAUCUUGUACAUAUACAUUAAUAUUACCAGUUGGGCAUGUAAACAACAUAAAUUUUGUGAAAGUAAUGCUUUUGUGUCCUAUUCAAAAGAGCUAUGUUACUUAUUACAGAUUUCCUAUAUUUCUCUGCUUUAAUAGGUUUCAAAGAGAUCAGUGUUUUAACUGCAUUUUAUAGAACAAUUUUUUUCAGGUGAAUAUUUGAGAAUUUAACAAUGUAUAUGGCUUAACAAUGAGCUAAAAAACAAGACAGCCAUUAAUUCAGUUAUCAUUACAGAAGACACACUGUUUUAUUAAACAGCAAAAUUAAAAUAAUCAAGCCUUCUAAGCCCUUUAUCAUAUUUUCAAUGUUUUUAUAAAUGUCAAGGUCAAAUAUCUCAUGAAAAGCAAGCAAAGAGUUAGCAAAAUCGGAAAUUCACAAAUAAGAGGGGAUAUAGGGGUAUUUUCAGUUAGCUAAGAUCUUCAAACUUUGACUGACAACUCUGGUAACUUCAGCUAUAGCAGAAUAGAAAAAUUAGCUCUGGUGAACCUCUGAAGCAUCAGCUCUGACCCGUUCAGACUCCUAGUUCUUCACUCCACCUAGUUCUUAAGGCUAAUGCCUAGAGAUUUCUAAAGCCGCUCAUUUCAAAUGCACAUUCCCUCUGGCAGAGAUAUUCUGUUUUCACAUGAUUAAAAUAACUUUGAUAAGUACAGAUGCUAUGUAAACAGUAAAACAACAGCAAAUAUACCUUACAUGCAAUUAUAUUCUCAGAUUAAAACCAAGCAGUCUUAUGUAUUUAGACAAAAACUAAAAUUUCAAACUGCUCCAUCAUUUAAAAAGGGUGUGUGUGUGUGUGUGUGCUAGUCCUGAAG